ACACAUCCACAGUCUAAUUAUUCCUUAUCAAGAGAUUUCAUUAUUCACCCAUUAACAUAGAACCACGCAAAGACACGAAGAACAAUAACAUUGCAUGAUACGAAAUCAUCUCACCUAUCAAUCAUAUAUAUUAAAAUCUCGUUUAACUUAAUCAAGUUACCUGAAUUCAAGUAACUUGAAAUCACUUUACUAGUGUGAACUUGUUAUUUAAUUGAUUUAAGCUAUUUUGUCAAGUUUCUACCCUCGUUUACAUUAGUCGAAUCCCUUAAAUUCGAGUAACCAGAUUAAUCUGAACGGGGCUUAGUUCCACGCGUGAAUAUCAGAUCGUGUAAAGUGUAAAUGGGUGGAUAUAUGUGGUGGAAAUCUCCUUGAUUUUAGUUCGCCAAUGAAAACGCUAAACAUGGAGGGAGGGAGGGGGGGGAAGAAACACAGCAAGGGGUUAAGCGAAGAAACAGCGGAGGCAAAGAAAGGUCGGUAGAGGAGUUGGCAACACGUUUCGUUUCCGCUGCCGUCAUCUUCAAGUCAUCUCUUACUGGUUUACGAUAGCACCCCCGCGAAACUUUCGGUACACCCGCACUUAAAGUCAUCCUUCGAAAUAGUGCGAUGUAGGUGCUAUAAUGUCUGUUACGAAUACUAUUGCUGAUGGUGGGCUGGGUUUAUGACUUGCACUACUUCGCAUGCCACGUUCCUGAAAGACGCGAAUCGCUUAAACUCUUCCUGAAACCUUUUUCGGAUGACUUUCACGCCAUACUGUGCACCCCUUCGCAAACGGAACUCGCCAGCAGCAAGUUUAAGGGAGGUUCUUGUACCAUUUCGAAGCGAACAGUCGCACAACGUCGCCUUUUUACUUUAACGCCGAUGGAAAUCGUAUUUUUUAUAGACGAAGCGACUUUUGAUUGUUCGCAGUAGAACGAGUGUUCUGUAAAUGAAGAUUGAAUGCGAGGUUGCAUCUACGAUUUGAUACAGUAUUCAACGAGUUAGUAAAUAUUUGGUAGAUACAGCGGUUGCACAGUUAGAGAGUUGAAUACAUUUACAUAUUUUAUACGGGUUGGUAUAUUUCGUUGAUAGUUUCUCUUUCGUUAGUACAUUUAGUUAUGUUUCAUAUAGGUAUGUAUAAUGGUGAAUAGAGGAAAAUUAAAAAUUUCCAUUUGUAUAAAAUUGCUUAUAUAAGUUCUAGCAGCUUUUGUAGUAGGUUUACUACAGUCAUUUAUUCUGCAGCACCUAUUUAUUAAAUACUAUAUAUACUGAUACUAGAUAUAUAGACAUGUUAAUACUUAAUAUAAAUUAUCUGUAAGUAGUUAUAAAUGUGAUUAGAUCAGUAUAGUUAUUGUAUAACAAAAGUGAUUCAAUAGAACAGCAUUGAAUAGUUAAUUAUGCUUUGUACAUUUUAAAAUUCACUUGAAUUUUUAAACUGUAAGAUGUUCCGUAUGCAUUUCAGUACAAUGUCUAUUAUUGUAUUUCAUGGCUAAGGAUAAUAUGAAAGCGCCAUAUAUGCAAAAUUCUUUAAAAGCUUUAAGGAAAGUGUUGAAAAGAUAUUAAAGAAUACAGAAGGAAAUGAUAAUGGUUUUGCUUUUAACAUCGUACAUAGCAAAAGUGGGCUGUAAAGGGUAGAAUGUUAUGUAUUAAUAGAUUUACUGAAUUAAAAUUCCUUUUGCCUAAUAAAAUCUUACUGUUAGACCGUAGAUGCCUACUUGAUAUUUUGACACGAAGCUCACAGAAGCCUAUUCUUAUAUGUGUCAUCACAAGCUUAUAUUUGGCUUAGAUUAUUCCUUGUACUUUUACGCUUUUUAUAUAUAGGUCUUAAUCAAUUUACCACUGCCUCAUUCUUCCUGCUUCCCUCCUUACUCAAUACGCUAGGCUCUAUUCUAUAGCAAUCCCUUUAAUAACUUUUUUAUGCCCCUAUUUCUAUCUUAUAAAGAACGCAUUUCUUGUUUUUGUCCUCCAGCUAGUACCAGCUUUCCUCUUUCGCUUUUCCACACCUUAUUCUCGCGAUUAAUUCUUGGCUGUCUUCGCUUCCCUCCCUCUCUAGAUGCUCUCCCCGUCCUUAUAUAUUUAUAUCUUCUAUAUUUGUCGUUCAUGAUUUUAUUGUAGCGUACCUAAUAUUGCAACUCAUGUCCCUUUCAGUUAGAGUUUUAAUUACAUCUACAUAUAUUUUGUUGCCUUAAAUUUCCCACUCCUGGUCGACUAGGUCCGUUUCUAUAAAAUUUAUCCUAUAUCUAAUCAGAGUAACAAAAGAAUAAUUCCUCUAUCCAAAUAUUCUGUGACCGAUAUUGCCUGAUCUUCAACGAAGGAAACCAAUGAGUAGGAAUAUCGACUGAUUGAUCGGCAGUCUGUUAAAGUACCCUCUGCACGUAUAUGUUUGCCCGGUGCUGCGAAUCUGAAUCACGAACGUAAUCUAACCAUCUGACAGAGAAAAGUAGAUAAUCCUUUUCAUCGAUCGAACAAGAAGUGAUUUCAAGCUAUUUUUAUUCCAUAUAAAUCGGAUAGCUUGUCCAGAAAUGUGAACCCUGACUUUUUUCAAAUGUCGAUAAAAUUAAUUAUCUGAACCACGCACAUCGUGCACGGUGUUGGCAGAAUGUAGACGUAAAGAAAAAAAUUUCCUUAAGCUUCGCACAUCAGUCAAAUAAUUCUCCUUUUGAACACUUAACUUCAUCAUUGUUGCUGUACAUAAAACUGUCUGAUGGAUAUGAAAACCUGUAUUGAGAAUUAGGUUGUCCGUUAAGUAGAAGCUAUACAAUCAUAGAAUGAAAAAUUAAUAAACACGCGUGAAUAUAAACAAAAUUUAUCUCGAAUCAAAAUGAAACAACACGUAAGAAAAUAGGCGGUAGCUGAUUAAGUAAAGAAAUUAUUAUGUUCAAGAAAUUCGAAUGUCAUGUUAACACAUCUUUCCUCGUCAACACAUUAAUACCCUUCACACGUGUUGAAUUAUCAAUCGACCAAUAAAAAAAAAGAAAAAAAUGGAAAAAGAAAUCUCAUCGAUCAAGUUAAACUCGGCUGUCGUGAAGGCAAACCGCACAUGGAGAACCGUGCGUCUAGUCUUGGUAGAAAGAGGCCAAGCUUUCGAUCGUCUAUCAGUCCUAAGGGGAACUUUCGCGGUUGGAUUCCUUAGAGCAGUGGCAGAACCUAUGUCUACGUGUGUUUCUCGCUAUCCUGGGAACGUGUCUUUCGUAUGAGGAAGGCGGGUCCUACGGUUCGCGAUGGCGGAGGGCACGUGAGCCCUGACGGGCGCAUGCGAACCAACCCUAAAGCUUACGGCAAUCGAGAAAGGAUGCCUUUAUCUCUCUCUCCCUCUCUCUCUAUAUAUAUAUCUCUUUCUCCCUCCAGCUAUCGCCAUCCCCGUUUUCACCCUCUCGUUUCAGUCUCGUCGGUGGCGAACCGUGUAGCCCCUCGUGUGCCAGUCUGCACCGAGAUUCCGGCGCGAAUCGUUCUUCUUCGUCGCGGCGUCACGCCAACUCCUAGAUGGAUGUUGCUGAACCGCAUUCUCGUGUCAACGAUUUACAUCGUCGCGCAAUUCCUCGCAGUCUGUCCAGCCUUCGUGGAAGGACGGCAAUCGAGGAAUCUGGAAAUAUUGGGGCAAAUAUCGGGUCACCAUCACGGCACGCAGUAUGCAUCGAUAUCGGACAAUUACAAGAACAACUCAGACCUGCCCAGGUUCGCUGAAGAAAUUCAGAACGUGACCGUAAGCAAAGGUCGAGAUGCUUUGUUAGCCUGUAUAGUGGACAAUCUACGAACCUAUAAGGUGGCAUGGGUGCGCGUCGAUACACAGACAAUCCUGUCCAUCCACCACACCGUGAUCACGCAAAACCCACGGAUAUCAUUGUCGUACAACGACCACCGAACAUGGUACCUUCAUAUAAAAAAGGUUGAAGAAGUGGAUCGUGGAUGGUACAUGUGUCAGGUGAACACAGAUCCGAUGAGAAGUCGACAAGGCUACCUGGAGGUUGUAGUGCCGCCUUCCAUUAUCACGAAGGAAACGAGCACAGACAUGGUCGUCCGCGAAGGCUCGAACGUGACGUUGACGUGUAAAGCUUCAGGCUAUCCUGAACCUUACAUCAUGUGGCGCAGAGAAGAUGGAAAGAACAUAAACUACAACGGGGAUAACGUAAACGUGGUGAAUGGCGAGGUGCUGCAUAUUGUGAAGAUAAGUCGAUUGCACAUGGGAUCAUACUUGUGCAUCGCUUCGAACGACGUUCCACCGCGAGUUAGUCAACGCAUAUCUCUUCGUGUGCAGUUUCCUCCUAUGCUUUCGAUACCAAACCAGCUGGAAGCGGCAUAUAUUGGACAAGAUGUCACGUUGGAAUGUCACACCGAAGCUUACCCUACCUCGAUUAAUUAUUGGACGACCGAACGCGGUGACAUGAUCGUCUCUGGCAAUUACCAUUCUAUUGUAGGCGAUAAAUAUGAGGCGGUUUCCACCGACAACGGCUACAACAAGUACAUGAUGCUGAAGAUUAGAAAUGUCGGCCCGAGGGACUUUGGUUCAUACAAAUGCGUGGCGCAAAAUUCUCUUGGCGGAACAGACGGUGACAUCAAAUUGGAUGAAAUCCCAGCACCAUCAACCACGUCUACUACACCACCACCUUACCACGUGACCUCAUCAAUGAAGAAGAAUGGUAGAAACGGUAACAAGAAAUUACAACGACCUAUCGACUACGAGGUCGAGGAAUGGCGAAAUUCAGAUUACGACAGAGAUUACGAUCCACCAUCGAUGAGGCCGCCAGGCGAGCUUCCGGUCGACGCUCUAAGUCCGGGCGUUUCCCAUCGGGCUCAACUCGUUCUUCAUCUUUUGGUGAGUCUGCUGUCACUGCUACUUCCAGCCAUCAGAAGGUGAUUCUCACGUCGCGGGAACGGGGCUUCCAGUUCUAGUGUUUAUUGGACGGUGACCAGACCGGAGACGGCUACCAGUUUCCGGUACGCCGGCUUCGGCUGGAUGAUGGACGAGUGCGACGAGACAAGACGCGCUUGAAAUUAUUUUCAUACUAAACGUAGACGUAUACAGAGAGCAAAAAAAAGAGGAUAUUAUAUAUAAUAUAUAUAAAUAUAAAUAAAUAUAUAUAAAUAAAUAAAUAUAAAUAUGAUAUGUUGUGUAAGUAUACUUACAGUGAGUAUGAAGGAAUUCCUAGGCUUUUAUGAAUGACGAUGAUUUUGUGGCGCGCGACAUCUUUGCAUUCGAGAAAAGACUUCGUCCUCUCUUGUCAUGUGUGAAUCGAGUAUUCGCGUUUAGGAAAAGAGAAAAGACAAAGAAAAGAGACGAAAAAGUAGAACUUUUCGUAUCGACUAGAAGGAUUUGAUUGCGUAUGAUAAUAGGUUACGCCAACGGUUUUCAGCCGAUAUUAACGCGACACAUUGAUGUUCCGCAAGAAAUUCGACGGUUGUGUCGUCUGGUAUAACGCGUUAUCGCUUUAAGUGUUCCGCCAAAACCGAGUUUUAUAAUCAAACGUGUGUCGCGAAUUUUCCCGAGGCGGCUGAGAAUCACUGGCCUCGAAACGACUCGAGUAGUUCCGUUAGUUCUGUAGUAUUACGAACUCGUCUAUACGAGUUUCUUCGUUUCUUACCUAUGUAAAUACCAUUGAUUUCACGAUUCUCCAAGAUGAUUCAGCGUUCUAUAGAUAUUCUCCUCCAUUGUAAAGUUCGAUCGUUACUCGCGUUCAUUUCAUUAUCGUUAUAUCGUUCACGUUGGUUAAAAAGACGAAUGUUCCUCUUUGUAAAACCAAACACAUACUUCUCUUGUAUCAUGGGGACAAAAAUUUCUUUUAUCAUCGAACAAGAAUAAUUAAAAAUUGUUCUGAAUCGUAGUAAGUCCAAAAAAUGGGAUGACAAAGUACGUAAAUCAAUUCGGUUCGACAAGAAGAAAAAUUAUUUUCUAACGAUUUUACGUACUUUCCAUCCGUAAAACCGAUCUCAUAGCUCGUGAAACGAACAACCAGUUGUCAACAUUGAGUCCUCAUCGAUGCAUUUCGUAACACGAUGACGUUAGUUAUAAUCUAGUCGAGCGAACAAGGCACAACUGUAUUUCGGUACAUGUAAUGAUAUAUACGUACGCAUGAAAGAAUAAACGAAAAAUGCAUAAUUAUCCAUUAUAUACACAGGAACAUAUAAUAUACAUAAUAUAUCGAAUCGUAGUUGUGUUGAGAUACGCGCUCUUAGGUUUCAUCAUUAGCUGUUUCUGACUGGCGCAAACGUGCAUGCACUGAUACAAAACGCUAGUCGUACAUACGUAAACAUUGCGGACGCGUUCGCGAAUGCGAUUCGACGCGAUUUAAGAUAAAAAUCGUGUGAGUUAUUGCAUACUAGAAGCGAAGAAACACGAUGAUGAUGAUGAUGUUGCGUAGCCCCGAAUCAUCGACGACGGUGUCUUCGUGCAGAGAGCUUCGUCGUUUCAGUUUCAAUUACGCAUCAGCGAAGAGAAUUCGUGGUCCUCCUGCAAGGCUACACGUCGAUGACAAUAUUUUUAGCUUUAACGAGACUUAAAGUAGAUUUAACGAUCUAUAGAGCGAACAAUAUCAGGAAAAUUAGUCAUCAAUUAAUGAAACAUGGGCCAUUUUUCGAUAGAAUCCUUGACCCAUUUUGCUUUCUUCUGCAUGAACAAAUUUAUUUUUACUACUCUUGAUUCGCAUAAUUUUCUGUAAAUACCAAAUAAGGAGAAGCUUUAAACGAUAUUUUGAACCUUUGUGAUGCAAGUUCACAGAAGUCUAUUUCGAGUUUCGUUCGAGUCUAACGUAGAUCUGGUAACAACAGUGUAGAUGCAGUGCACUUGGAAAGUCUUGAAUCGCCCAUUUUUAUCAGAAGAAUUCGUUAAUGUUUUCGUUCUUUCGUUUGCGAAACGAAUUUUCAUAUUUUUUCGGAUAAUCUUACUUCUUAGUAACACAGUGACUUCUAUGAAACUUCUACAUUUUAAUUUCAGUUAUUUUAAAAAGAUUUUCAUAGGAUCCUUGUAAAUAAUCCUCCAGUCUUAUAAAAUUCACAAGAAGAGGGUCAUUUCGUUUUUAUCAUUCUGUCUGUCACUUGAUAUUGCUAGAUGAUUCGAAACUUUUUAAAUGGAAGUGUAUAUGUUCGAAAGAGCUGUGUGGCAUUUUGACAUGUUAUUAGAGUUCCGUACGGAACUCGAGUAUAAAGCACGAGAAAGAAACGUAACGCGUCUUUGCCGAUUGAUUGUUCUGUAAAUAUUGUAGAUACGUUAUGCUGUGAUUAAUCUGAAUCGUCGUCUAUUAAUCACGGUGAUGAUUCGAGGCUGCGAUUGUUGAUGCAAAAAAAAGUGCAAAAAGGCAAGUGUUGUGAAUAGCGUAUUACAGCGACCGUACGAAAUGUUAUGGCGAUGAUCGUAUGAGAAACAUCGUUCAGUAGAAAAGAAAAACAAAAAAAAAAAAAAGAAAAAAAUACGAGUCGAGGCUACAGCGAUUAUAGAUAUGUCGUAUUGAAUUAUUAUAAUAACGUUAUUAAUGUAUCAUGCCCGAUGGUUUCACUAUGUCGAACGAUUUUUAUGAGUUACAACCGGAUAUCGAAAAACGAUCCGUAAAACGAGCAUUAGAAAUAGAUGGUGAAAUUGUCGGACUGAAUAUCUUAAUAAAUCGAAUACACGACUGCCAUUAUAAA